AUGCCGCCACCCAGUCGUGCAGACCUCUGGCAGUCUGGCAAGGACGAGACUGUAGAGGUCAACCAGCGAGCUCUUAUUGACAAGAUCCUCGCGCGCUACUCAGGAGAGCACACAAUCUUCCGCGAGCUUCUCCAGAACUCCGACGAUGCAGGAGCGCAGCACGUCCAGGUCAAGUUCUAUACGGAGGCCGGCUACGCCGCUCACGAGAGCGGCUCGCCACCUCCACCAUUGCCUGAUGCCAAGACAGCUCUGAUCAAUCGAUAUGUUGUGUCCAACGACGGUAUUCCAUUCCGCCCCGAGGACUGGCAUCGCUUGAAGAAGAUCGCCGAGGGCAACCCCGACGAGGAGAAGAUUGGAGCCUUUGGUGUCGGUUUCUACUCCCUGUGGAGCGUCUGUGAUGACCCGUUUGUCGAGUCUGGAAACAAGUGGAUGGGCUUCUACUGGAAGGACGGAAAGGACCAGCUCCUUGCUCGUUCAGGUGACCUCCCACCUGGUAGUGCAGCCGCAUCUACCGAGCCUUCUCAAACUGGCCACCCAUGGACGUCAUUCUCGAUGGCACUCCGCGAGCCCGCCCCCCUCGAGGGUCCACUCGAGUUUGCUCGCUUCCUCGUCACCAGUCUCACCUUUAUGCGCACGAUCAAGCGUAUUGACAUGAUCGUCGACGACACCAAGGUGCUCGAGGUCCGCAAGGAUAUCAAGGGUCAGGUGGCCGUUACCCGCCCUGGCCUGAACAACACAAGUGGCAUGGGUAUGAUGAAGGUGCUGGGCGUCGACGCGACCACUAUGGUGAUUACCGCCCGUGUCAUGAAGUGGCUGUCUGCCACUGGAGUGACACCCCCACCGUUGCCACCUCCCUCGGUCAAGCCCAAGUCGACAGGCGGCCUGCUUGCAUCGUUCUUUGGCCGAAGCGCUGUAACCCCUCCCCCACCUGAACCGACAGCUUCGCCAGCCAUCCCUAUCGACCCGACAGAGGUAGAUGUCCUCUCACGCGAGAUUCAGAUCUACCAGGCGGAUAUCAAGGUCACAGUUUCGCCCCCAUUCGCGCGCGAGCUUGAGCGUGCCACCAAGAAGGCGCCGCCGUCUCGGAUGCCGGCCAGCCUUGUCUUCUCUCGGGAAGACGAGACUACGACUGCCGCGGACGGCUCGGCCAUCUCGGAGACGAAGAGGGCCGCUGCCGUGUUUGCUGGUCUUUGCCCACCUUUGGAUGGUGACAAGUCGGCCAAAGUCUUCAUUGGCCAGCCAACAGGCCAGACGACCGGUAUCGGCGGACACCUCGCGGCACGCUUCAUCCCUACCGUGGAACGCGAGUCCAUCGACCUUGUUGACCGCCAUGUGUCACACUGGAACAAGGAGCUGCUCUGGGUUGGAGGUUUCCUCGGCCGUUUGAUCUACGAGCUCGAGCUCGUUGAGCUUCAGAAGCAGUGGCUCAAGACCACGACAACAGACCAGGCCGCGCGAACUCAGAUUCUUGCUCGCGGUCUUCACGCGUUGCGCUUCUUCACCUUCCGCCCCACAACCCCAUCUGCCACCGUGGGUGCGGAGAUGGAGUCUGCUUUCUUCCAGUGUUCAAAGAACAACUCGACCAUGCCCAUCGUUUCCACUGCUGGUAUCAUGAACGUCGACAAGGUUCGCAUGCCCAACGAGAAGCUGCUCGAGUUUAUUCCCGAUUUGCCAGUCGUUACUCCGGCUACUGUAACGGACGCGUCCCGUGCUGUCGCGCGGUUCCGCGAGCGCGGCCUUAUUCGUGAACCCACGUUUGACGAUGUUGUCACUCAGCUGGGACUGCGUCCCCUCGUGGAGAAGGAGAUGGUUGCUUGUCUGGCGUGGUGGGAGUCGAUUGCCAAGCUGGACGCGUACUCGACUGCCGUGCGCAACCGCCUGCUUGAUGUUGCCGUUCUCAUCACCGACUCCUCCAAGGUCAUCCCCCUCAACGCUGUUGCGACCUAUAUCAAUCCUCAGGGCUCGUCCAUUCCACCCGACAUGCCUCUGCCCACUGACACGAUUCCGUACUCUGUCACAAAGGGGCUCAAGGGCGCGCAGAUGUCUGCAUCCUUUGGCUGGACGGAACUCACCCUCGCGCACUACGUCAACUUCAUCGUCAAGCCGCCCAUGUCCAACGCCACGGGCGCGGACCCGGCAACAGAUGUUCGCGUCUCGCCUGUGUUUGCCGAGCGCGUACUGGGCGUGCUCGGCCGCGGCUGGCAGUCCAUCAACGCUGGUCAACAUGCAGCCAUCAUUCAGACUUUGAAGGAGGUGCCCAUGAUUCCUACCAAGGCAGGGUUCAAGAAGCCAGCGGAGGCCUAUUUUGAGAAGAACCUUCUUUUCGAUGACCUCCCUACUAUUACCCUGCCCAAGACGACUGCUAUCAAGGGUGGUCUGGAGAAGAUGCUUUUGGACAUUGGCGUGCGCCGCACCGUCGACCUGCAACUUGUCUUCUCUAGACUCAUCGGCGGUGGAGAGUGGUCAUGUUUGGACCUCAUGAAGUACCUGGUUUCCGUGAAGGACACCCUCAGCACCGAGGAGAUGGCGCGCCUGAGGCAGACUGCAGCCUUCCCGGUGGAGCAACCUCCUCAAUAUGACGGCGCCAAGGCGGACGUCGUGCGACAGAAGCCUCACCAGCUGUAUGAGCCAACCGAGGCCAUGCGCGAGCUUGGCUUGCCGCUGCUCGACUGGGGAGACAACAAGUGGCGCUCUGGCUCAGAUGAAGCCAAGAUGCUCUUCAACCUGGGCCUUCGCCGCUUCCCUCCGGUUGACACUCUUCUUGGCAUUGCAGCCGGCAAGGCACCUACAAACGAGAAGGCACUGCAGUAUCUCCUCGAUAACCUGAAGACGCACUAUGCGCUCUUCGACCCCACUGUGUUCAGUAAUGUCGCUUUCAUCCCCGCCACGACCGCCACCGGCAACGCUACCCUUGCCUCUCCAGGAGAGGUCUUCACCAACCACGCCUGUAAGAUUCUCGGCUUCUCAGUGGCCCGCGGAGCAGCCUCUCUUCCCGAGUACGCCACCAAGCUGCGCAUUGAGAGUGACCCAUCGAUGGAACGGCUGGUCUUUGCCUUCUUGGCCAGUCCUGAGACUGAUAUCAAGAAGGCGAGGUUGAUCUUUGAGUACCUUUCCACCCGCGUGGGCACGUCGCAGGUCUCUGCCAUCCUUCCCUUGACCACCAAGGCGUUCAUUCCUGUCAAGGAUGGCGAAAAGGGUGUUCGCCUUGCUCGCGCCGACGAGAUCUACUUUACGUCCUCCAGCCAGGGCUCGUCGCUGUACGCGUCCGCGUUUACCUUUAUUGACUUUGGCGAACGGGCGAACUUCUUCCUCAAGCAGUGUGGUGUCAAGGCUGAACCUUCACACCGAGACAUUGCCCGUCUCCUCUUGCGGGAACCCGAGAGAAUGCUUCGCCAAGCAGGCUCAGCGUCCAAGUACCGCGACCAGCUCCGUCUUCUGGCGGCCAACAUGCAUACGUUCGAUGCUGCCCUUCUGCGUACCAUGCGCGACACGCCAUUCCUCCUCGCUUCACAACUGGUCCCGGCCAAGGGCAGUGAUAAGAAGCAGGGCGACGGCGAGCUUAUCCACGAAUGGGUACUGUGUAAGGCGGCUGAGGCCUCGAUUAUCGACGACCCCGCAGCUCAACAAUACUUUGGCAAGAACAUCCUUGCUGUCCCCGAGGAAGAGCUGUUUGAGCGCUUCUAUGCGGCGCUCGGCUCCAUGCCCGUGUCAAAGCGUAUCACUUUGGAGGUCAUCCCAACGGGUAUCCGUACAGGCACGUCCACCGAGGCGGAGCAGAUGCGGCGUCACAUCUUGGAGCGUGUCACCAUCUUCCUCACCCAGCAUGCCACUGGUCGAAAGGACACCUAUUCGGUCGACUUUUUGACCAAGGGCGACAACUUUAUUGUGCGCGAAGCUUCAGACAUCAAGGUUCGAUACACGUAUCGCGACCAUAAGACGAUGCUGCAGCAUGCAGAGACCGCCUACGCGUCGGCUGCCAAGGGACGCGACAAGGGACGCGACAAGGCCAUUGUCCUCACCAUCUCCACGACCGCCCCACACGACUUCUUCGAUGUGGCCAAGGCGCUCUGCGCUAUCAUCCUCCGCAAUCCCAAGCUCGAGGACUCGUUCCUACUCGAGUCGCUGCUCACGACUCCGCUCAUGUCGCUGAAGAAGCGUGGCUACAACAUUGACCGCAUCCUCAACCAGCACCGCGAAGAACGUGUUCGUGUCGAGGCUGAGGCGGAGACGGCUCGUCGUGACGCCGCUACGAAGGCCAAGGCCAAGGAGGCCGAAGCCAACCGACCUCCUGUUGCCGUCGCCCGGGACACCAGCGACCAGAAGCCUCCUGCUUACGCGCCCCCGGAGUCGGGCGGGUCGUCGGUCAUGGACAUGGUGCGCAACCGUUUCGGUCGCCGCCGCUCUCGUGGUAGUGAUACCAACGGCGCGCUCAGUGGUGACGGACCGUCUGCUGGCGGUGGUCUUGGUGGGGGUCUUGGCGGUGGUCUUACCGGUGGUCCUCAAGGUUCUGCACAGGGCAAUACGACCAAGCGUCCGACUACCGUGAACGACAUUCGCAACACUGUACAUAAGGCAGUCAAUGCCUCUCGCCCAGAGAACUCGAACACUAUCAACAACACCAAGCGCGCUGUGGCGGAUGUCUCUGAGAGCCAGGGUCAAUACUGUGACGCCAGCGCCGAGGCCAAUCUCAAGCUCGCGCUCAACCCGUCUGGUCCGAACACAUGCAAGAUCUGGCUGCCGCAGGACCAGGUUGGCUUCGAAGUUGACCAGGCCGAGAUUUCGCACCGCUUCGCGCAGAAGAUUCUUAUUCCUCUCGCUGGCGUGUUCAAGCUUACUCCGGCCGUCCUCAACGUCUUCUGGGAUCACGAUGGACCGCUCAUUGCGUUCAACCGGGGCGGCGCGCUCUUCUGCAAUGCCCGAUACUUCCGCGCGUGGCACAACGCCGACGUCGUUGCCGGACAGCGUGGAGAGGCGUUCAUCUCGUGGUACUUCACUCUUGCUCACGAACUGGCCCACAACCUUGAAUCUGCACACAAUGCCUCUCACUCGUUCUACUUCUCGUCCAUUUCGGAAGAGUAUCUGGUCGCUUUCGCAAAGCUGCUGUCAGCAGACACAGGGCUUCUCGCUUAG